UCUCAGCAGGUUAUUAUUCCUAAACUCUAGAGAUUGGGAGCCAGGCAGGAAGAUGUCUGUGGUUUGCAUCGCUCUGAGCCGAAAUGUUUUGGCUAUUAGGAACUCUGGCGCAAUGGUGAUGGUGCGCUACGCCCAGACUGCAGCAGCGCCGGCUCCUGAGCCCAGGAUCAAGAAGUUCCAGGUGUACCGCUGGGACCCGGACACCGCUGGGGACAAACCUCGCAUGCAGACAUAUGAAAUUGAUCUCAACACUUGUGGUCCCAUGGUCCUGGAUGCCCUCAUCAAAAUCAAGAACGAGAUUGAUCCCACCCUCACAUUCAGACGCUCCUGCCGAGAGGGUAUCUGUGGCUCAUGUGCCAUGAACAUCAAUGGAGGGAACACGCUGGCCUGCCUGAACAAAAUCGAUACCAACACCAGCAAACCCACCAAAAUCUACCCUCUGCCUCACAUGUAUGUCGUCAAAGACCUGGUGCCUGACAUGAGCAACUUCUAUGCACAGUACAAAUCCAUUGAGCCCUACCUCAAAAAGAAGGAUGAGACACAGGAGGGAAAGGAGCAGUAUUUCCAGUCAGUGGAGGACAGGCAAAAAUUGGACGGCCUGUAUGAGUGUAUCCUCUGUGCCUGCUGCAGCACCAGUUGUCCCAGCUACUGGUGGAACGGGGACAAAUACCUGGGGCCCGCUGUCCUCAUGCAGGCAUAUCGCUGGAUGAUUGACUCGCGUGAUGAGUUCACUGAGGAGCGUCUGUCCAAACUCCAGGACCCCUUCUCUCUCUACCGUUGUCACACCAUCAUGAACUGCACCAAGACCUGCCCCAAGGGACUGAACCCAGGAAAGGCCAUCGCAGAGAUCAAGAAAAUGAUGGCGACCUACAAAGAGAAGAAAGCAGCCCUUUCCUGAGCUCAAACUGAAUCAAGAGAAGAAGACCCUAGAAUGGACUUUGUGUAAAAUUCAAUAUUCAUAAUUUAAACAACGGUGAAAAUGAGACUGACAGUGGCUAUAUGAAAUACAGGCACUUUCUUCUGAUUACUUGUGUGAAUGGGUGUGUGUGUGUGUGUGUGUGUGUGUGUGUGUGUGGUGCUGAGGGGGGAGUGACCUCUAGUUGGUUAUCACCCUCUGACAAAGGGUGCUGGAAAGAAAGGAAUUGCCAAGCUGUUCUAAGUGAGCUUACCUCCAGUGUACAGGAUUUAGAGUAGUUGUUGUAGUCUUAAACCAGUCCCUGUUGCAAAGUAGUGAGUCAGAACCACAUCAGUAAGAAGCCAGACCCCGGAGCUCAGUUCUCAUGCUUGUCUACUCAGUGAGUCCACUGUAGUCUCUGAUGUAUGGAAUAACAUUCUGGGUGAAAACUGAAUGUAAAUAUCAUUUAAUUAGCUGCUCAAUAAAGAUGUGUUGAAGCUGGAUGGAGGUUAAGAGUGCAAGCUGAUGAUGAGAACUGCGACUGUUUCACUUCCAGUGCAGUAAUAUUAGCAGCAUGAGAGAACGAGGCAGACGUGUUUGAUCAGAGGAUUCACUUCUCCACCCUGGACACAAAACAAUGUAAUCAUAAGAAGUACUCGAGACAAAACCAUCAAACUGAAAGCAUCUGUCAAUUCAAAGUUCCCUCACUUACCAGUAAAAGGAAACCAGACAGAGCAACACUCAGGACUUUUUCUGGAAAAUUUGGCAUGACUCCGAUACAUCAAGCAGCACUCAUUUCUAUAAAAUUUAAAAUUGUA